UUGCCAUCCAUCCAAGUCGUUCCUACGCCGAAAUAGUGAAGCAGAGGCCAUGGUGAGGCGCAGCGCGUGGUUUUGGAUCAUGGCCUUCCUUCACCUGUGCCAUCUCAGCCUCUCCAACUCCGCAACGCCUCCGCCGCCGGUGCUGCCCGUCCCGUCGGCGUCGCAGCUCCAUUGGCAACGUCGGGAGGUCAUCAUGUUCUUCCACUUCGGCAUGAACACCUUCACCGACGCCGAGUGGGGCACAGGCGCCGAGAGCCCCUCGCUCUUCAACCCGACCGGUUUGAAUGCCAACCAGUGGAUGGACGCCGCCGAGGCUGCCGGCGCCUCACUGGUCAUACUCACCGCGAAGCACCACGAUGGGUUCUGUCUGUGGCCGUCGCAGUACACUGAUCACUCGGUGGCGAAGAGCCCGUGGAAGGGAGGCAAGGGAGACGUCGUCGGGGAAUUCGCCAACGCUGCCAGGUCUCGAGGGAUCGACGUCGGGCUGUACCUCUCGCCGUGGGAUCGCCACGAGAAGACCUACGGCCGGGAAAAGGAGUACAACGAGUUUUACAUGGCCCAGCUCCAUGAAUUGCUCACCAAGUACGGGAGCAUUUCGGAGAUAUGGUUCGAUGGCGCGAAGGGGGAAGGCGCGACUGAGAUGAACUACCACUUCCAGGACUGGUUCCAGAUGGUGAAGCAGCUGCAGAGCUCCAUCAAUAUCUUCUCCAACGCAGGGCCCGACCUACGCUGGGUCGGAGACGAGUCGGGAAGCGCCGGAGACCCCUGCUGGUCCACCAUCAAUCGUAGCUUGCUCAGGAUCGGAGAUGCGAGUCUCCUAAGCUACUUGAAGACCGGCGAUCCGCAAGGCGCGGACUGGGUGCCGGCAGAGUGUGACGUGUCGAUCCGGCCAGGGUGGUUCUGGCACAAGAACGAGACGGCCAAAUCGGUGAGCCAGCUCUUGGAAAUCUACUACAAUUCCGUGGGGCGUAACUGCGUUCUGCUGCUCAACGUACCCCCAAACACCACCGGACUUGUCUCCGGCGACGACACGCAGCGGCUGAAGGACUUCCGCGCGGCGAUCACUCGCAUUUUCUCAAACGACCUCGCGACGGGAAGCGCGGCGACGGCCAGCAGCGAGUGGGGCGGUCCGGGCGGCGGCUUCGCAGCCGCCAACGUGCUCGACUCCGACGAUCAGACCUUCUGGGCUGCCGACGGAAGCGAACAGCAGGGCGCGCACUGGAUAGAGCUCGCGCUGCCGGCGGCCAAAGCGAGCUUCAACGUGGUGAGGAUCCAGGAAGCGAUCGCGUUGGGACAGAGGAUCAUGGAGCACGAGGUGUACGCCGACGGCGUGCUGGUGGCCCAAGGGAUGACGGUGGGGCACAAGCGUCUCCACCGGCUCACGACGUCGGUGACGGCGGCGCGGGUGAAGAUUCGGAUCACCAAGUCGCGCGGGACUCCGCUGCUGUCAGCCAUCGGCCUGCAUUACGACCCCUCAGUUGACGGCCCUGGGGAAUUCAAUUAAAGAAUCAAAGCAUGCAUUUGCAAUUCAACCAACGCUAUCUCUUCUUGUUUCGAGCUUACCAACCUCAACAAUCUUAUAAUAGCUGAGCACUCCAUUUCAUGUUGUUCAACAAUCUUAUAAUAGCUGAGCACUGCAUUUCAUGUUGUUCAACAAUCUUUCCAACUUCAACAGAUACUUAUUAGCAAAAAAAAAAAAUGAUUUAUAAAAUAGAAUGAAGCUGAUAGAGGUAGAAAAAAUAAAUUUAAUUUAAUAAAAAUAGUUUCUAUAA